CAAUCAGUUUUCCGUCUUCAAAAUCACAAAAUACUGGCUUCAAAUGCGAUCGAGUAUCUAAAGCAAUCGAUGCAGAAAAAUUAAUUGAUUAUAAUGCUUUAAAAACAUGUUUUGAAAGCAUUCCUUUUAACGCUAAAAAUGCUGACAAAGUCUUCGAUGAUACAGUAAAUCCAUCAAAUAAUGAUUGCGAAGUUAUUGAAAUUGAAGGAAAACCAGCAUUACAAGCGAUAAAAGAUUUUGCAAAUAAGUCAAUUUCACAAUCAAAAGAUCUGGGUGUCCGAUUCAAUAUGGCUUUGGCUCCUAUUACAGGACUAUUUUCUCAACAAUUUACUUCACGAAUUGACAUGCCUGAAACUUCUAGUAUCACAUAUAAAUUGUCAUGCUCCAAAAAAAAACCUUUUCUAUUAAAGAGAAAAUGGGAAAUUACAUUUGAUGGUGGAGUUGACUUUUUCGACAACGUUUGUCUAAAUUUAAAUUCCAAAUCUACUUCAUUUAAUGAUAAUGUUACAUCAAGUAAUAAAAAUGAAGUGUCAACUUCAAGUGACAAGGUUACAAAAUUAAAUUCAAGAGAUAAAUUUGAAGUGUCGAAAUUAAAUAAGAAUAAACCAAAAAUUGCACAUGCGAAAUUAAUAUUUAGUUCUGAUGCCGAUUUUUAUUUACUGAAUGAUGAUGAAAAUAUUGGUGUUGCGGUAAUUGAUAAAGUAGAAGAUGAUGUAGAGUCUUCACUGCAAUUUGGUUUCGAAGAAUUUAAAAAACGGAAAGUAAAGAAGAUUGUUUUAGAUUUUUCAAAUAAUGACGGUGGUAGUGUAACCGUACCCCUAUUUAUAAAUUCAAUACUAUUUUCAUCAAAACAACCAAACUCAUAUCCAACGAGAAUAAAUAUUAAUGAUUUAACCGUUCCAGUAAUAAAAAGUAAUUUUAAGACUGAAGGUCGUGAUGUCGAUGAUUUUUAUAAUCCAAAUUUCUAUUUAACGUUUCCUGAAGGCGGUCGAUUCAAUUCUGCUGAUCAGUUUAUAUUAGGUUCCCGAAAAAACCGUACUUCUAACCUAUAUCUUAAUGCUCUAACAUCUGAUGAAUUGGAAUUAAUCAAAGAUACCCCACAUUUUCCAUGGACUAGUGAUGAUUUUAUCAUUCUAACUAAUGGAUAUUGUGCAUCCGCAUGCGCACUAACAACAUUAUUUUUUUCCGAAUUUCAUAAAGUUGAAACUAUUGCUGUUGGUGGUCUUCUUGGCAAUAAUUUAUCAUUUUGCACUUAUCCUGGUGGCGAAUUCACAUCAAGUAACGUUAUUUUGGAGGAUGCUGGUGAUGAUGCUGCUGAUGUUCAGUUUCCAAAUUCACUUUUUCUUCCUGUAAGAAAGGCUAUCAGUUUUUUCAAAAAUGGUACGGAAAAAGAAGUAUUGGAAUAUUCAUAUAGACCUGCUGAUCAUAGAUUUUAUUAUAAUGAAACUAAUGCUAAAGAUCCUAGCAUUUUAUGGGUAGAGGCUGCUAAGAUUUUAAAUAAAGAAAAAUCCUAG